GCCAACUCGCUAUUUAAAUACGUUUUAAAACAACUAGUUGUACGAUAAAUUGUAUUUAACGGCCACUCAUGUAGAAUGCGCUAUUAUCAGAGGUACAUGUACAUUUAUUCCUGUUUUACCAGUGACAGCUGUCAGUAUACCUUUACAAACCAGGUGUUCAGAGGGAAUAUUACAAGAUUGUUGCUGUAUGCAGUGCUCGUCUGUACAACUAAACAAUCAUAAAAAAAUUAUAAUAAAUAAAAAAAAUUGAAAAAAAAACAACAACAAAAACAUUCGAUGUUUUUUCAGACAUGGCUGAAAUGGUUUUAUUUCUCUCUAAAACAGGAGAGUCGAUGUUGGACGCGAUAAUACGACCUUACAUAGUGCAGGCCGUGUGUCGAGACAUGUCCAGUGGCAACACGCUGAUGUGCACCUCCACCAACGACGUCUACAGUGUCCAGGACGACGUCCAGAGCACGGCCGCCAGGUAUAUCAUGUACUACAGGAUCCUGAUGACCGUGCCCGCGGUCUUGCUGGCACUUCUCUGUGGUGCGUGGAGCGACAGAAACGGUCGGAAAAUCUCCAUGGCUAUUCCCGGAGUCGGUGGUGUUCUUUCCGUCGUGGUGUUCUUAAUUACAUUCAAGUAUAAAGAACACACCCUUCCUCUCAUUCUGGUGGGAGCUGCAAUCCAAGGAAUGUUCGGAAAGGCGUCUCUGUUGCCCAUGGCGGUACAGAGUUAUGUUUCUGACAUCACUGACGAUGAUCAAAGAACUCACAAGAUGGGCCGACUGAUGUCAAUGCAGUAUAUCGGUAUGUUUGCGGGUUCUCUCCUCGCUAGCAUUCUCGAGGACACAACCAGCCUCGAAGUAGCUCUGUGUGCUGGGUCGGCUGUUCACGCUUUAACUGUUUUCAUAACUCUGUUCUGGAUACAAGAGGUCGUUCCCGGACAGACAAGUAAAACGGAGUCUGACUCCGACCUCAAAUGCACAUUGUUUAGUUUGUCUGGAUUAAUGCAGUCACUGACGGUUCUGUCAAAGGAACGAAAGAAUAACUUCAGAUCGAUUAUUGUCAUUCUUUUCAUUUCUGCACUCAUCAAUCAAAUAUGCAGGAUAGGCGAUGCUGACGUGACGGUGCUUUUUGUACAGAGAAGUCCUCUGUUUUGGCCAGAGUCCUGGUACGGAUAUCUACUCGCUCUGGAUUACUGUGUCAUGGGAGCCGUUCUCCUCCUGUUGUUACCUCUCCUAUCAAAUGUGUUACAUUUUUCAGACGUCACGCUUUUGAUGAUAGCGAUUUUCUUCAAGCUGAUUAGGUCGUUCUGGGCGGGAUUCUGUACAAAAACAUGGAUGAUGUACACGAGUAUGGCCAUAGGAGGAUUGGCAGGGAUGUUGACACCAGUUAUACGUUCAUUUACGAGCAAACACGUGCAAGACGACGAACAAGGCAAAGCGUUUUCCUUACUCUCAAGUGGAGAGACAGCUUCCAAACUUCUCGGGUCAAUAAUAUUCACUAAUAUCUAUAGCGCGACAGUAUCCUUGUUUCCAGGUCUGACUUACCUGUUCGAAGGAUUUCUAUAUUUGGUGAUGUUUUUGAUGAUGGUUUGGCUUUACAAACUAACUCAGUUCAAACAAUCGGACAGUGUAAUGCAUCCUUUAGCUAACAGGUCGCCAAAGGUUUAUACAGAGGAUAGAGAAUAAACCAGUAUACCUGAUCCGCCCACCACAAUUCCAUACCAGUGUCUAGAGGUGAUGUUGAGCUCAAUGGCAGAGCGCUCGCCUGGGGUGCACUGGGUUGCAGGAUCGAUUGACGUCAAUGGACUCUGGUUUCACCACAGACUGAAUGAAUGCUUAACCACACCCUAGCACAAAAAAAUACACAUCGGCUUUUGG